AUGCUCUUGCUCCAAAAUUCGUUCAUGGUAAACCCCUCCCCAUCUUCUCAAGAUUCCGCUUAUGCUAAAUCGCACCACUACCACGAGAAAAUCUUCCAACCAUCCACCGUACUGCCUCUGCUAAACCGUACAACCACCCUAAUCACCUCCUCCACCACUUGCCUCUUCCAUACCGCCACAGUCGAACCACCAGCACACCAGCGCAUCACGAACACAUAUUCGCACCGGUCACCACCUCUAAAAAUAAUAGCCACACCAUUAGGUGAUCUUCACUACACCAAAUCCAUCUACAUUUGUUUACCUUCGUCAUUUAUGGUUACUAACUUUCAGUUUGCUGUUAUGGUGAUUUUCAAGUUGUUCAUUCUGUUUUUUGUUCAUUAUGUAAUUGGAGCUUGCUUGGAGACAAGGCCCAUGCCAGUUGACUGGGAAAUAACAUGA